AUGGCCGCCCAGCGCCUGGAGUGCCCCGUCUGCCUUGAGGUGCAGGACGGGCAGCAGCACCAGUGCCGGGAGGGCCACGUCUUCUGCGCCUCCUGCGACUCCAACCUGCGAGCCCCGCGCCGCUGCCCCGAGUGCCGCAUGGCUCUCGGACCGCUGAGCCAGGCAAUUCGAUCCCGAAGCCACGAGGAGCGGAUCGCGGCGCUGCCGGCGGCGUGUUCGCACUGCGGGCUGGCGACGACGCGCGGCGAUGUCGCCGCCCACGAGCAAGGCUGCCCGCAGCGGCCGCGAGCGUGUUCCGCGGCGGAGGCUGGCUGCGCGUGGUCGGGGCUGCUGGCAGACAAGGCGGCGCACGAGGCGACGUGCCCCUUCGCGGUGUGCCAGCGCAUGAUGGCGCCGCUGCAGACCGAGGUGGCGGAACUGCGGGCGGAGAACUCACAGCUGCGGUCGCGCAUGGUGGCGCUGGAGGCGGGCGAGGCGGGCGAGGGCGGCGAGGAGGGAGGGCGGCGGGUGCGGCAGCGCGUUGGCGCCGCGCCGCAGGACGCGCCGCCGAGCAAUGCGGAGGUACGGGCGAUGGACGUUGCGGCGGCGGCGGCGGUGCUGCGGGCGCAUGUGUCGGUCAGCCGCGUCGCUGUUGCGGCGUGCAUGCGCUUGGCGAAUCUGUGCAUGGAGCAGAACGAGCAACUGGCGGCGGAGGCGGGCGCGAUCGAGGCGAUUGUGGCAGCGAUGCAGGCUCACCCGCAGGAGGCGGAAGUGCAGGAGGAAGGCUGCGGGGCGCUGACCAACGUGUGCUUCGGCAACGACGCCGCAGGGCGCGCACGCAGCCAGCGCGCAGCAGACGCGGGCGCGAUCGAGGCGGCGGUGGCGGCGAUGCAGGCUCACCCGCAGGUGGCGGAGGUGCAGGAGGAAGGCUGCCAGGCGCUGGCUAGCGUGUGCUACGGCAACGAGACCGCGGGGCUCGCACGCAAGCAGCGCGCAGCAGCCGCGGGCGCGAUCGAGGCGGUGGUGGCGGCGAUGCAGGCUCACCCGCAGGAGGCGGAAGUGCAGGAGGACGGCUGCGGGGCACUUGCCAACGCGUGCUCCGGCGACGACGCCGCAAGGCUCGCACGCAUACAGCGCGCAGCCGACGCGGGCGCGAUCGAGGUGUUAGUGGCGGCGAUGCAGGCUCACCCGCAGGAGGCGGAGGUGCAACAGCUAGGCUGUGUGGCGCUGGUCAACGUGUGCUCCGGCACCGACGCCGCGGGGCGCAUACAGCGCGCAGCAGGCGCGGGCGCGAUUGAGGCGGUUGCGGCGGCGAUGCAGGCUCACCCGCAGGUGGCGGGCGUGCAGGCGCAAGGACAGCGCUUGCGCGAUCUGCUUGCCUGA